AUGUCUUUAGCUUCGUCUAGUAAUAGAAAACCAUCAUCUAAAGCGGCACCAACGCCAGAAUAUAUUUUCCGUGGUCACACAGAUCAAAUAAGCGUGUUAAAAUUUUAUCAGAAUAAUAAAAGAUUAUUAUCGGGCGAUGCUGAAGGAAAUAUCAUAAUAUGGGAUAUGAAAAUCAGACGUCCACUUUUAAAAUUUAAAGCGCAUCAUGAAGGAAUUCUUAAUAUUUCAACAUGGAAAGAUUUUUUGAUUAGUCAAGGGCGAGAUAAUAAGAUUCACGUAUGGAAUAAUGAAUCUGAUGUGUUAAUAAAUGCUGCAUCUGAUCCUUUGAAGCCGAUGUUUAGUCUUACAGUCAACUCGUUGAAUUUUUGCCAAUUUUCAAUUUUCGCGCAAGAAUCUGAAAACGCUAAAGACUUGUUGAUUGCUGUACCAAAUUUGACCAAUUCUGCUGGGAUUGAUAUAUGGGAUCUUCUUAAUCAACAAAGAUUAAUCGAUGGCGUAGGAAUCGAUGAAAAUUCAGGAUAUUGCAUGUCAAUUAGACUAUUCAAUAAAAGUGACACCGAAAAUCAAUAUUAUAUUCUAGCUGCUUAUGAGAAUGGGAACGUGGUAUUAUGGAAGAUUGAUUGCAGUAGCAUCUACUGGACAAAAUGUUGGACCAUAAAAGAGCAUUCAGAGAGCGCUCUGAGCGUUGAUAUCUCGAGAGAUAAGACAUUUGCAAUCUCUGUUUCAGGAGAUAAUAAAAUAAUCAAAUAUGAAUUUUCUGAGUCUAUAGAAGACCCGCCGAUUAUAUCACAGAUGAAAAUCAAAACACCAGGUAUUUCAUAUGUUUGUAUUAGAUCUGAUAGUAAAAUUUUCGCCACUGCCGGAUGGGAUGCAAGGCGAGUAUUUUUUGAUGAAUACAAUAAGAAUGUUCGUGUUUUCUCUGCUAAAAAUUUAAAGCCUUUAGCUAUACUUUCAUAUCACAACGAAAGUGUACACGCUUUAGCAUUUGCCGAAUUAUUAAAUCUUGAAUCAGACAGAAAUGUGAAAGAUACUAGUAAACUCGCUAAUAAAGAUCAAAAUUUAGAGGUGUGCGAUAGUAACAAUAAUCUUGAAGAUAUCGCGAAUGAACAACAGCCGAAGCAUCAUUACUUGGUGGCUGGUGGAAAAGACUCUAGAAUAAGUUUGUGGGAAAUUUAUUAG